AUAUGUACAAAGCAGCCACUACGUGUACAGGAAAACGCGGCUUUUGUUAUCCAGAGGUCUGCGCUAAAAGGCAAAGGUGACUGGUUAGUAACAGAUCUCGGUUCCUUCUCUAAUUUGGGACACAGUGGAAAAGUCUUGCAAGUGGAAGAUGGGGAUAUCUUAGCCAGUAGACGGUGGCCUAGACGUGUAGAAGAUAGAUUUGAAUUGAACAAAGAUGAAUACCUUGUUCUCAGCACCUAUUGGAAGCAUGCGAAAUACAGUGAUUACUCAAGAAUAACAACAGUCGUGUCAAAGAAAGGUGGCCACGAACUUGAUCUUGCCUUGGUAUAGUACCAGUAUGACGGUGAAGAAUAUCACAUAAGUCCGAAGAAACAUCCAAGAACAAAAAAGCCCUUUAUCCCAACCGCUUCAAGUACAAGGCAGUCGAUUGAAGAUAAAGUUAAGCAUCCCAUGGGGCCUUCAACCAUAUAUGACAAAGUAUUUGAAGAGGCUGGUGGUAUGCUCGACGUGGAAGCAAUUUCACACGCACCACGAAACAUUAAACAAGUGAAGAACGCGCGAGCCAAGCUAAAAAGAGCUAGCAAUGAUGAAGACGAGUUUUACUCCCUACUUGCACUGGGAAAAGAGAUGGGUGAGUCGUGUAUCAAAGGUCUUCAGUGGACACCAUCACCAAGAGUUGUUUACGUAGAGGACUGGCAGAUGGCUGAAAUCGUCGAAAAUUUUUGUCAGCCAGAUUCGACCUGUGUUUUGUCAAUAGACACUACAUUUAAUGUUGGGCAAUUUUAUGUCACCUCCACAACGUAUCAAAAUGCAAAGUUUGUUAACCAACGAACGGGAAAACUAGCGAAUUUGCCGGGUCCCGCUCUCUUCCAUGUCCGUCAAGACGAAUCACAAUUUCUCUUCUUCAGCAAUAACUUACUCGAAGCGAAUUAUGCUUUUGAAAAAGUUCGUUUUGUCGGGGGAGACCGGGACAAAGGACAAAAGGGGUUUCUGAAACCGCUUAAAGGAGUGACUUACCUGCCGUGCAAGAAACACAUUGAGGACAAUAUGAAGGCAAAAAUGCAGAGCCUUCAGUUGGAUGCAUCCGAAAAGAAAAUUAUUCUUGAAGAUGUUUUUGGCAGUAAAAUCCCACCAAAGAGAGGCUUAGUAGAUUGUAAUACAACUGACGAAUUCGAAACCAUGAUGGCAGAAGUAACAGGAAAGUGGGACGAACAGUUCACUUUCUACUUCAAUCAGUGUAUUGCAGAUGACAUCCAGAAUGGCAUGGCACCUGGAAUACGACGAGAGAUAGGACUAAAGGACGACUUUUUUUACAACAACGCCGCAGAAUGUCACAAUUUCCGAUACAAGCUGAAGGUUGAAGAGGAUAAAGCAGCAAGUGUAAUUGCAGGAUUUCCUAAGAAGUUAUGUUCUUGGGUGGAGGCCAUAGAAAGUUAUAGGAGGAUGGUAUUUGAAUGCAGAAACAACAUCCAGAGAUCUUUUAUU